AUGUGGAAUGAUGAUUUUGUACAGAAGCUACAAGUUGUAAAUAAUGCUAGGAAAACUCUUUGUUUUCUAAGAGGAAAAAAAAUAUCUGUGCUUUUCUACUUUUAUAAUGAUGAGUUUAACAGAUGGUUUUCUCUGAAGAUGAAAAAUCCAGGUUGUUUUGUGUGCGCAUUUUGUGUUCUCCAUUGUGCUCCUCAAAAACUAACGCUGUCUCAGUUUUUUCCUCUUCCGAGCUACGGCCUGGCUCCAAAAGAGCAUGAGAGGGAGAAAGAGAGAUGCCACCUCUCCAGCCGAUCAAAAAACCAGCCUGAGGGGGAAGAGCAAAGCAAAGCCUGCCUUGGCGUGUUUCCUACCAGUUUCAGUGACUUUUUCCUGUGCAGAGAAUGCAAAAGACUUCUUUGUAAAUUGCACCUCAUUGUGGAUGUGGCGACGUAA